AUGUUAGCGUUAGCGGAUAUUUUUUUGCGCCUGGUCAAUUUCGUGUUCCUGGUCAUUUGUAUGGGUCUGAUUUCCGCCCUGCUGAAUACGCAGCACGGACACUCGUCCAGGAUCAACUACUGUAUGUUUACCGCGGCCUACGGGAUCACCACGGACUCCUUCUAUGGUGUCGUCGCAAACUUCUGGGAGCCUCUGAGCUGGCCUCUUCUGCUUGGUGCUCUGGACUUUCUGAACUUCGUGUUCACCCUCACGGCCGGGUGUGUUCUCGCUGUGGGGAUCAGAGCGCACAGUUGUAAGAACGUCGCCUACCGGAACAAGAACAAGAUUGUACAAGGAUCCGAGAACAGAUGCAGACAGGCCCAGGCGGCAGUCGCGUUUUUCUUCUUCUCAAUGGCAAUCUUUUUGGCCAAAUUCAUCAUGUCUCUCGUCAACAUUUUCACCAACGGGCCAUUCGGUUCCGCAGGGUCCAGUCCUAUGGGUUCCAGAUUUUCCAAGAGAAAGAGAACCCAGGGCGUGCCACAAGGUGUUCCAAAUAUAUCCACGGUUUGA